AUUUGCCAUCAUUCAAUAUGCCGGGAACAAAGAUACGCAAUAAAGACCAAGAAACUCUCCAUGCAAAGUAUAUUUGUACCCACUGCCAUCUACUCCUCUUCAAUCCAAUGCAGACCUUGUGUGGACAUUUGUUUUGUGAAUCUUGUAUAGAGAUCCUGCUUGGAAAUCCUGAUCCGAAAUGUCCUGAAGAUCAAGAAAAAUUGUGCAGAAAUGAGAUUUUCCCGGAUACUUUUACAAAGCGUGAGUUGAAAAAGAUUCGUUUACAUUGUCCCUACGAACAGUGCAAAUGGUUUGGCACAUAUGAAGAGUUGGAAAGUCAUUCUCAAGUUUGUGAGCAUGCGCUCAUCAACUGUAUACAUAAGCAGUGUAACAUUCAGUUACCUCGCUCUCUCCUUGGUGAACAUUUGAAGAAUGAAUGUGAAUAUCGAAAUGUGAAAUGUGAAUAUUGUGGUAAAGAUGUCCCGUAUGCUUCACUUAAGAAUCACAUAGACAAUGUUUGUGAAAAUGCACCUGUGGUUUGUAAAUUUUGUCAGAAGAAGAUACCAAGGAAGGAUAGUAAACAACAUGAAGAAACAACUUGUGAUGAAGUGCCGACGAAAUGUGAAUUUAAAGCUAUUGGUUGCAGCUAUGAUAAAUUAAGUAACUAUGUACCACGUCCAGAGUUUACUACUGCUGUUCAAAACUUGGUGGACCAAGUUACUGCUGUUCGUGCUAAUCUUUCAGAAAAAUUUGUUAUUUUAGUGGGUAAACUUUCAGAACUGGAAAAGAAGACUGAAAUUCUUGAGGUUCGUGAUGGUAACGAUAGUAAAAAUACCCACUCGUCAUUAGAGGUUUCCUCGAUGCGCGAUAGGAUCUCAGCGAGGGAGAGACAAGCGAGAGAUAAUUCGUCCACUCUAUCAAGGUUUCGCGAGCGUCUAGAUCAGAUAGACGAAUCACUUACUCGAAAAACCGUGAAGAUUACGGAUCUUGAGGCGCAACGUGUUUCCCGGGCACUAGGAUCUAAUCAGGUAAUACACAGCUACAAUGGUACGUUACUUUGGAAAAUAGAUAACUACAAUAGAAAAAGACAGGACGCCAUUAAUGGUAUCAAAACAGCCUUAUACAGUCCACCAUUCUACAGUUCUCAAUAUGGUUACAAGAUGUGUGCUAAGAUCUAUAUGAAUGGUGAUGGUUUUGGAAAAGGAACUCAUUUAUCUUUGUUCUUUGUUGUCAUGAAAGGUGAUUACGAUGCACUUCAAGCAUGGCCGUUUCAGAAAAAGAUCACAAUGAUGUUAAUGGAUCAAGGAAAUGGUGAUCACAUGAUUGAUGCUUUUCAUUCAGAUCCUCAAAGCUCCUCGUUUCAGCGACCAAAGUCUGAAAUGAAUAUCGCUUCCGGAUCUCCACUUUUCAUGCCAUUGGAAAGUUUGAAAAAUCGUCAUUAUAUUAAGGAUGACACACUGUUUAUUAAAAUUAUUGUCGAUUAAACAGGUUUGUUGAUAUCCCUUUA